AUGAGGAAUGUUUAUUCCUUAAAGCAGUUCAACCAAUUUCCAGAUUUGAUGUACAAAUUUGAAGAGAACCUUUCGGAAAAUUCUUCCGAAAGCAAGCUGUACAUUGAGCAGGUGCGAUUGAUGCGAGAAGGCGUGUUGGAGCUUAGGACCAACAUUGGGGAGUUGAAGAGGCAAAAAACCUAUCUUCAAAAGGGGGUCAAGGAAAUCAAGGAGGGCCUUACUCUUUUGAACCGUCAUUUGGAUGGAAUCAGAGAGUUUAACGAAAAUACGGACAUACUCAAGUCAAAAGACGCAAAGCUAAUCGAGGUGGUCUUAUCAAAAUCAGCCACUUUAGAAAAGCUGUUCAUAAACCUGCACUCCCAAAGGAAGGAGGCUCUCUGCAUGAUUGAAAAAUAUAAGGAUCGCAUUGAGGAGUCCGAUCUGGAAGCAUUUCUGGAUGUAGAUGCCCACAUUGCGCAUACAUUUAAUGUCAGUGAGGUAUUAGAUGACCUUACAAUUGGCGAUUAA